AUGUUAUCUUAUCCAUCAAAACUUGGUCUCUCUCUGAAGAGAAAUGGCAGAAGCAAGAGCCUCCAAGUAGUCCUUAAUGGCCUUCGCAAACCAGAAGAUGAGGAACGUGUUGAUUCCUUUCGAGAGUUGCUUUCCUUGGAUGGUCAACUAACUAAUAAACAUGAUGAUUAUCAUACCCUUUUACGUUUCUUACGGAUGAGAAGUUUUGACCUACAACAAGCCAAAGAUAUGUAUCUAAAAAUGCUCAAGUGGCGUAAGGAAUGUAGGGUUGAUUUAAUUUCUAAGGAAUUUAUAUUUGACGAGUAUAUGGAAGUUAAGAGUUGCUAUCCACAUGGAUUUCACGGGGUUGACAAAUUUGGCCGGCCAUUAUAUAUCGAAAGGAUAGGGAACAUAGAUCUUGAUGCACUUUUCAAAAUAACUACAAUUGAUCGUUUUGUCAAGUAUCACAUUUCUGAGCAAGAGAAGACAUUAAAUUUGAGAUAUCCUGCAUGUUCUGUUGCAGCUAAGAAACAUCUGGCGUCCACCACUAGUAUCCUCGAUGUGAAGGGUGUGGGUAUGAAUAACUUCUCAAAGCAUGCCAGAGAACUGUUUGCAGAAAUUCAAAAGAUUGAUAGCAGUUAUUAUCCAGAGACUCUUCAUCAAUUAUUUAUCGUGAAUGCUGGAUCAGGGUUUAGGGUCUUGUGGAGAGCUCUCAAGCCUUUUCUUGAUUCAAGAACGAUAGCCAAGAUUCAAGGGCUGGGAAGCAACUACCAGAGCUGCCCGACUGAAGUUAUUCACCCAAGCAAUUUGCCAAGUUUUCUUGGUGGAACUUGCACUUUUUGUGAAUAUGGAGGUUGUUUGAUGAAUGAUAGAGGACCAUGGACUGAUCCGCAAGUUACUGAACUGUUGCAGGCAAAUGGCGAAAUAGAAGCGCCACCCAUUUGUGAGAAAAACCACUGUGGUUGCAGAUGA